UGGUACCAUGUUAGUUCAGUUUUUUUGCCCACCCCUACUUUCAAACUCACCAACCUGCCUUAAUAAACGAAGGAGGUAUUAACCGUCCCUCGGACCAAUAGCUUGCUGCCUUUGGAUUCUGCCGGAGCUCUGGUCUGGAUGGCCGCCACUUGUUAUCGGGUCCCCCGUCACGCAAUCGGAUCCACAAUCGUCGAACUCUCCAGACCACAUCGCACCGGAGCUCCGCCGCCCGUUCGUAUCUCCGCCAGGAGCCACGGCAUCGACGAGCGUGAGACGCCUCAAGGCCCGUCUUGCAUAUUCGUCGGACCUAUAGAUACCGCUAGCCAAGCAACCCUAGAAGCUCUCUACCUUCAAGCAAGGGAUUCGUAUUACGGUGGGUCACCCCUAAUACCUGAUGAUAUGUUUGAUAGAGUGGAGUUGAAACUACGUUGGUAUGGUUCACAAUACGUUGUCAAGUACCCUCGUUGUAGUCUUAGGCGCCAGGCAACUUAUGCGGAUGCACAGGAGGACCCCCCGCAGGUUUUUGCACUAGCAAGCAUAUGGGUCCUGAUUCUCAGUAUUGGAGGUUCAGUAUUGCUAGCGCCCGUAAUAUACACUAUGGGUCAAGCUUGUCGAGAUGCGUUCAUUGCAGAAAUGCCCUUCACCAGUCAAGCAUCAUCACUGCAGUUUCUUACAAUUCUUAAUGGCAUACUUUACGUGGUGUUAGGAUCCAUCAUAGGGUAUCCCAUUGCCUCAGCUUCUGCUCGAGCGCUUCGAGGGCUAUGGCAAAAUGACUUGGUUGCACUUAGAGGGGCAUGUCCAAACUGUGGUGAUGAGGUGUUCGCAUUUGUGAGAUCAGAUAAGUCAAGUCAUUCUUCUCAUAGAACAGAGUGUCAUGUAUGUGACAGCAUGCUAGAAUUUUGCACCAAGGUUGAGUCCAUCUCGAUACCUGGACAGAGAUGGGUUUAUGGCCGUGUUUACUUGAUUCAGAAGCAAGAAAAAAGGCAAAGGUAGUGGAUUCAGUCUCAACAGAUACGCAUGGGACCAAACAUAUGCUCCUAGGAAUAAUAUGUCAUCUAUUGUCAUCUGUUCCUAGUAAAAGACAUUCGAUGAGUUCUCGGGCUUUUUAUACGCUACUCACGCGGGCAACACCGCGGGCCUCGGAAAUGAGGGCCCUUGCGGUUACUACUUACUAGCCGCAUUGGUGCACUAACCUUGCAAGCAGCAGCGCAGUUCAUGUAUCCAAAGUGUCCUUUUGCUAUGCAAUUCUGAAUGGUCAUCAAGUUUUAUUCGAAAAUUUGAAUUAUGGUAAAAAAAUUACCUAGUUUGCUUUUGUAAAAUCUGAAAACUGUUCUCUUAUGCUCUGUACUAGUGUUACAUAUUAUCCGAGCACAAUGCAUAAUACACUUUCAUUUUAGCGAAAUGCUAUUUGUACUCUAGACUUGCACCAUACUUAAACGAAUAUAGAACAAAUAACAUUUCUCUAUAAGAUUUGGCUGUGUUAUUUUAAAAUUUUACUUGUACGAUUUGGUUGUAUUACUGGGCUUGAUCUUUGGAGAGUCCACACAAAUUGAUGAUGGGCAACGUAAGGGAAACAAGAGACAAAAACAAACUCAAAGGAGAAUAGAGACCCACGAAAAUAUUAUGUCAGUGUGGCACAAGGUAUUUU